AUGGGAUCAAAAAUGAAUCUCAUUGAACACUCCCACUUACCUGCCACAGAUGAAUUUUCUCUUUCUGACAAUUUAUUUGGUGUACUGACAGAACAAGUGGCAGGUCCUCUGGGACAGAAUCUAGAAGUGGAGCCGUACUCACAAUACAACAACGUUCAGUUUCCCCAAGUUCAGCCACAGAUUUCCUCUUCUUCCUAUUACUCCAAUGUGGGUUUCUAUCCCCAACAGCCUGAAGAGUGGUACUCUCCUGGAAUAUAUGAACUCAGGCGAAUGCCUGCUGAGACUCUCUAUCAGGGAGAGACUGAGGUGGUGGAGAUGCCUGUAACAAAGAAGACCCGACUGGGAGCCUCAGCAGGGAGAAUCAAAGGGGAUGAGCUAUGUGUCGUUUGCGGAGACAGGGCUUCUGGAUAUCACUAUAACGCCCUGACCUGUGAGGGAUGCAAAGGUUUCUUCAGGAGAAGCAUUACCAAAAACGCCGUGUACAAGUGUAAAAGCGGGGGCAACUGCGUGAUGGACAUGUACAUGCGAAGGAAGUGCCAAGAGUGUCGACUAAGGAAAUGCAAAGAAAUGGGAAUGUUGGCUGAAUGCUUGUUAACUGAAAUUCAGUGUAAAUCUAAACGACUGAGAAAAAAUGUGAAGCAGCAUGCAGAUCAGGCCGUCCAUGAAGACAGUGAAAGUCGUGACCUGCGACAGGUGACCUCGACGACCAAGUCCUGCAGGGAGAAAACUGAACUCACCCCAGAUCAACAGAAUCUUCUUCAUUAUAUUAUGGAUUCAUAUAGCAAGCAGAGGAUGCCUCAGGAAAUAACAAAUAAAAUUUUAAAAGAAGAAUUCAGUGCAGAAGAAAAUUUUCUCAUUUUAACUGAAAUGGCUACCAGUCAUGUACAGAUUCUCGUAGAAUUCACAAAAAAACUUCCAGGAUUUCAGACGUUGGACCAUGAAGAUCAGAUUGCUUUGCUGAAAGGGUCUGCAGUUGAAGCUAUGUUCCUCCGUUCAGCUGAGAUUUUCAGUAAGAAACUUCCAGCUGGACAUACUGAUCUACUGGAAGAGAGAAUUAGAAAGAGUGGUAUCUCUGAUGAAUAUAUAACGCCUAUGUUUAGCUUUUAUAAAAGUGUUGCAGAAUUGAAAAUGACUCAAGAAGAGUAUGCUCUGCUUACAGCAAUUGUUAUCCUCUCUCCAGACAGACAAUACAUAAAGGACAGGGAGGCAGUAGAGAAGCUUCAGGAACCACUGCUUGAUGUGCUACAGAAGUUAUGUAAGAUUCUCCAGCCUGAGAAUCCUCAACAUUUUGCCUGUCUUCUGGGUCGCCUGACUGAGUUGAGGACAUUCAACCAUCACCACGCAGACAUGCUUAUGUCAUGGAGAGUGAAUGACCACAAGUUUACGCCACUUCUCUGUGAAAUCUGGGAUGUGCAGUGA